UUGUCGUCCACACCCCUUCUAACCAACAGAGGCCGAUCAUUUUGUACCAGAGGCCGCUGGGACAAACAUGGCGUUCCGUUGGGCAGUAGCUGUCUUGGUUCUCGCGGUUUCCACAGACGUGGUAGUGGAGGGAUGUUGGUCAAUUCCCAGCGUCCAACGCGAGGAGAAAGGUCCGUGUACUCUGAAAACAGAGGAGAUUAACGAGAUGUUGAACGGACCGGACUAUAUCGCGGAUUUAUUUCCACCUGACUGCGACGCGGAUGGAUACUACAGCGCUAAACAGUGCGACAUUGCACACGGCUACUGCCAGUGCGUUGACAGGGAAGGGAACCCGAUUGGAAAUUAUAACGGGUUCGUUGAUGACCUGGCCAUUGGAGAGCAAGGAACAUGGGAGGACUCAACAUGCGCGUGUGCCCGUGAGGAGCACGACAUCAACAGUCAGCCCCCCAUGCCUGGAGCCUUUGUCCCGCGCUGUGACUCGAAGGGAGAGUACGCCAGCAUCCAGUGCCGAGGAUCCAUGUGUUACUGUGUGGACGACAACCUGCAACAAGUUGGGCAGAGUGUGUAUCUGUGGCAGCAGAAUUUGUUGAAUUGCGAUGGGAGACCAACCCAGCGGCCGCGGCCAACAUUCCCACCCCAGCCGCCAACAUUCCUGCCUCGUCGAUGUGAAUACGGCGGACAGUUCUAUCCCCCAGGGACCACAAUAUACGAGACAACAGGCUGCAUGGGAGGCGGGGCAAGGUGCGAUGAAAACGGACAGGUCCUUGUCUGGGACAACUUUGGAUUCGGAUGUUGCGAACGCAACGGACAAUACUACGAGGACGGGACCACCAUCACGGAUGGCGAUCUGACCUGUACUUGCGUUGGGAGUGACAGUGCUUCUCCGGCCCCUAUGGCCUGCACAGGUCCACCAACGGCUGAGCCUAUCGGCCCUAUACCACCAUCCCUUCCACCAACCAACGCUGGAAAUUGCAGUAGCAGCCUCUGUCUCAACGAUGCGAACUGCUGGGACGCCGGUAUGGAAGCUGGGCACAUGUGCGAGUGCCGUCUGGGGUACGACGGUUCCAGGUGUGAGAACUACAACGAUCCCUGCCAGUCCGGUAACAACCCUUGUCAGAACGGCGGUACUUGUUUGUACGACAACUGGGAUGGUAACACCUACCCCUACUGCCAGUGCCCGCCAGAGUUUACCGGCAUGGUAUGUGACACCCCGUUCCCCACCACCUGUGACGACAGCAGCUGCCAAAAUGGCGGCACCUGUACCAGGAUGCCUUGCGACGGCGGGCCCGACUGCCCGGAUGAGGGGUGGUGCACCUGCGCAGCUGGGUUCACCGGGUACACCUGCGAGUUCCUCUUCGGCAUCUGCGACGACAACAGCUGCAUGAACGGUGGAAUGUGCGAACAAGUUCCGUUCGAGAGCUACUACUCUUGCAACUGUCCCCCUGGUACGUCUGGGAUUCAGUGUGAGACUGUGGGCUAGUGUUCACCUCCUAAUGUGUCUUGCACUGGUUCCACCAAUGAUGACACGGAACGUCAAUCUCGCAUGCAAUUAUCAGGAGGAAUGAUUGUAAAAUGUUUUUGGCUAAAAAGAUUUCUGCGUUGAAAAUCGUACGUUGAACCGGCAUGAUCUUUCCUCUCGAUAAUCAUUUGGGACUAGCGUUUUAGUCUUAAUAUCAGUUUAGUAUGUAGAGUGAGAGAGAGACAGAUAGACAGAGAAACGCAGAGAGAGAGAGAGAGAGAGAGAGAGAGAGAGAGAGAGAGAGAGAGAGAGAGAGAGAGAGAGAAAGAGAUGGGGCGAGAGACGUAGACUACAUGUUUGACUUUAUACUAAAUAGCAGUGAAGAAACGAUACGGGAACCUUUGCCGUAUAAUAAAACUGAGUGUGCAAAGUU